UUCAACUCCACUUCUCCAUCAUCCAUCGCCAAAUUAACACAGUAAUACCAAAUAACAACGUAUAGUAAUACGACAUCGUAUCUGACCUGACUUUAUUUGUGUUCUUCAUAGCCAUCCAUGCCGAUCUAUUCUUCGUCGUCUGAUUCCGAGGACCACCACCACCGGCGGCCGACACCGGCGGCUUCUAGAAGGCCCCACUACGGCGGUAGCAGACCCAUGCAUAUGCAUGCAAGACUUGGGGGUGGACAUGUUGCUGAUAUAUUGUUGUGGAGGAACAAGAACUUAUCUGCGGCAAUUCUGGUUGGGUUCACAUUCAUAUGGUUCCUUUUUGAAGUGAUGGAGUACACUUUUGUUAGCCUUUUGUGCCACAUUUCAAUCUUAGCAAUGGCGAUCCUUUUCCUCUGGUCUACCGGCUCUGCUUUUGUUGAUUGGAAUCCACCUAAUUAUCGAGCAUUUACCGUACCAGAAUCAACUAUCAGAUGGCUAUUAGGGAGACUGAAUUAUUUCUUAUGGAAAUUCUACGAAAUUUCUUCUGGACAAAAUAUAAAAACCUUUUUCCUGGCGAUCACUGUGCUGUGGAUACUCUCAGUAAUUGGAAAUUAUUUCAGCUCCUUGAAUCUUUUAUAUAUUGGUUUUGUGUGUUUGGCGACGUUGCCGGCAAUGUAUGAAAGGUAUCAGAAUGAGGUGGAUUAUCUGGCAAGUAAGGGGAAUCAAGACAUGAAGAAAUUGUAUGACAGAUUUGAUACACAAGUUCUUGACAAGAUUCCAAGGAGGCCUGCUAUCAAGGAAAGGAAGAGAUACUAAUCUCAUCCAAUACAUAUCAUCACACUAAUUAAUCACUACUUCCUAUAUAUAUAUAUAUACUAAGAUUGUGUGCAGUACGAUAUGAUGAUCGAUGUUGUAAUUUGGAAAUAAUGUAAUUUUAUUUGUGAAUAUAUAUAAUGUGAAAACAAAAGGGUUGGAAUAGAUCGAUGCUGCUCUUAUUGUUAAUUCUAACGACUACUUGCCUG